AACCGGAAGUUUACCCUUUGCGGACGAAAUGAGUACCUUUCUCAGCUGGUUUGAGAACGUUAGAUGUGUCCUCUAAAUUUUUGAAAGAAUUAAUGCUAAUUCCGAAAUUUGGAAUUCUAAGUAAAGAUUUCUCAUCCAAUUUCAGCUUUUGAGGUAUUUUAUAUCUUAGUGAAACACAUGGAGAUUGCGUUUGCAAGUUUCUCACAUUCCCUUAAAAUGAUAUCUGUUUGAGUGUGUGGAUGUCUCAGGGUAGUUUAACCGAGGCCCCAAGCUGGAACCCCAUGUGGAAGCUACAAUCUUUCAUAGUUCCGAGACUAGUGAGACGCUUUCGGAAGUUUAUAAAAACAAUCUUCAAGAUGAGAUGACUGAACAGCCAGUCACACAGUUUAGUAACUCAUCAACACUUACAGGUUUGAUUCUCCUGACCUUGCUGAUAGAUAUAUGUUGUAGAGCUGAUACAGCUGAAGUUGAAUUAGUUAGUUUAAUAGAAGAGCACAUCCCUCAUUAUAAACUUAGAGCUGACACUCUUACAGAGUUUUGUGGCUACGAAAACGAAGAUUGGUAUAUUCAGACACCUGUUUUAAGCCCUGGCGCUGAUAUCCCACUCAGUCCAGAGGUUGUUGAAGAAACACUGAAAUAUUUUGUGCUAUGUGCUGAUCGCCUCAGCCAGAUGACAAAGACAUACAAUGAUAUUGAUGCAGUAACAAGAUUAUUGGAAGAAAAAGAACGUGAUCUGGAACUUGCAGCUCGUAUUGGACAAUCUUUAUUGGAUCAAAAUAAGGAUCUUAGAAUUCGAAAUGAUCAACUUGAACAAGAGUUAGCUACAUCGACUGAAACGAUAACCCAGCUGAGACAUGAUUUAUCAGUAAAAAAUGGCUUACUGCAAAUUUACACCCAAGAUUUGGACACUGACUCUGAAACUGGUUCACCUGUUAAAGAAAAGGGCUUCUCUGUCAGCUGGGAGGUACUCAAUAAAAAAAUCAGUUGCUUGCAAGAGGAGAAUAGCCAACUUCGAUCUGAGGCUUUUUCAAGAACGGCUGAUAUUGAAAACGAAGAAAAGAAAGAAAUGCAGCUAAUAUCUGAUUGUGUGAAGCAGCUGACUGAAGCGAAUAAACAGUUGUCAUACUUACAAGAAGAAAUAGGCAAAAAGACUGAAGAUAAUAUUCGUCAGCAAGAAGAAAUCACUCAGCUGCUUUCACAGAUAGUUGAUCUUCAACGGAAACUACGAGAUGUUACAGCCGACAAUGAAUGUUUAGCUAGUAAGCUGGAGAUUGCUGAAGAAUGUCAACAUGAACUUUCAGAGGAGCUUAUAGAUAUGAAGGAAAAAUAUGGAGAGCUUAUGGCUGCCUUUCAAGAGAUGCAAGCCGAAGUUAAACAAGCUCAAAGAAAUCGUCUGCCUAGUGCUAAUACAUGGCAGAAUUUUGGAAUGUACAGUCCUUAUAUAAAUCCUGAUUCUCUUGCAAACGAACUUGAACAGUCAUUAGGAAGAGAUAGUGAUGGUUAUUCUUCUGAUGAAAGGCCGUCUCAUAGUCGUAAAGUGUUUGAUACAGUUCGUUAUGCUAAUCAUGGUUUUCCAACACGAAACCGCUUCAGUUCCUCUCGUUCUCAUUAUACAAUAAGUGGUUCCACAGGUCGUCCUGGUGGUUUAACUUCAACUUGUUUUUCUUCACUUAGUCAACUAUCAUCAUUAUCAUCAGGUUUCAAUGAUCUGGCAUCUGAUUCAGAGUCAGCAUAUGCUGAAAGCUACAGCACAGAUGAUGAAAACCCAUAUACCUAUGUUAGUGGCAAAACUGAAAAAGGAAGGCCCAACAAGUUAGAUGUGGGAUUGCACACUCUGAGCAGUGGCUUUGGCACAUGUAAUGACCUUAGUCAUGAACUUGAUAAAGCCAGUGGAGGUUCUUGGCCUUCGAAUAUCAAGAAAAGUCUUUAUGGGCGCACAGUACGAAGAUAUCAACUGCCAGAAAAAUUGCAGAUUAUUAAGCCUUUAGAAGGUUCUCAAACAUUGCAUCACUGGCAGAGGCUAGCAACUCCUCAUCUAGGAGGCAUAUUUGAGCACAGACCAGGAGUUAAAAUAAAAGGUGAAACAAGAUUGCAAGAUUUGGAUGAAAAAGUCAGCUUAGGAGAUUUUGAGGAAGAUGAUGAUUAUUCAAAUCCUGGAAAAAGCUUUAUGAAUACCUCAUCAAUUUAUACCAUAACAACAUCUGCAUUAAGGCAUUCUAGUGAUUUAACAAAUGUGACACCAAGUUAUCCUACCCUGCAGUUGUGUACAAGAGUAACAUCACAGCCCCCAUCUACUCUGAACAGUCCCCAGCAGAAAACUUCAUCCUUGUUAGGUAGUCAAAGCUUAGCAAAGCUCCUGACUGAACGUGGAAUCCAUGGCAUGGUACCGUCUGCUAUAAGCCCUUCGGUAAAGAGUGUAUCCCCUACACCUACGCCUGCUCCAUCGCCUGAAGGCUCUCCACCUCCAACGCCUUUGCCAUUCAGUGCAGUUAGGAUUCCAGAUCUAGUUGGUAGUGCUUCAAUUGCCAAAGGAUUUCAUUUGCUUCGAAAACCACGGAGGUCACGGUCACAGCCACCUCCAAAACGAAGUACCAGGGAAGCAUCAGCUGGGCUGAAUUUGGACCUUAUGGGACGUAUACAAGGAAUUGGACUAAAAACGUUAUUGCCUUUUGAUGAUUGUGCAUUGACAAAGAAAACUGUGAGUUCUGAAACUUUGUCAGAUAGUGCUUCCCGCACAGUUAUCUCUAGGCCUGCAACUCCUGCUGAAAAUAAAGUUUGCCAAGCAACAAUAUCUUUACCAAAGAGUAAAGCAAGCACAUCACAAUUAAAUGAAUCUAGAAAAAAGUUUAUUAGUCCUGAAACAGCCCUUGAUAAGCCCUGGGGUUAUGUUCCACCUUCAGUUACAAUUAUGAAAAGUCCAGCUGCAAUUGGUCUCUCUCCUACUGUUGCCCCACCUUUGUCUCGAAUGCCUAAUCCUGUUUUACAGCUAAACAGUCUUCGCAACAUACGGCCAAACUGCUCAGAUGUAGGAACAGUUGGAACACUACGGACAUUAAGGAAAGGUGGCUACAUUUGAACCAUGUACAAAAAAAGAAUUAGAUUUAACAGAUUGAACUUUCUCUUGUGUGUAGAUAUAUAUACAUAAAACAGAUGCAUAGUCCUCCGUGUGCAAUACUGCAAAGUGUUGGAUGGAUUUAAAGAUAUAAAAAGGCAGCAUGUUCACCUACAAAUUAAAUGUAUAUUCAAGCAUGCUGUUACAUUAAAUUAUUUUAUUUGAAAA